AUGGCCACAGCUAACUCAACAGAUUUGAUGACUACAACUAUUGAUGGAGGAUCUGGAUUAACGACUGAGAACACGAUAGCCAUUAUUGCUGUUUUUGUUGUCGCAAUUGGUGUAGUUGUUGCAAUAUUGAGUUAUAGAGAGAAUCGGAGGAGAAACAGAGAGGAUCGAAGACGUCGUCUUCAAGAGGAUCAAAGAAUUCUUCAAGAGGAUCAAAGACGUCGCCAGCAAGAAGAUCUACCAUUGUUAACUCGACCAACAGAGGGAACAUCAGGCCCUGACAAAGUUCAAGCUGUUGCAUCAAAAGUCAAUGAGGCGGUGAAGAAAGUGUACAAAUCUACAGGUAGCUAUGUACAGAUGCUCCCAUGGGUUGAUGAUCAUCAGAUGCACAUAAUGAACAUCUUCACUAAGCUAUGUUUAGUUGAACAAGUUGACACAAUGGGGAAGCCUCGAAUAAAGGGUAAUAAAGGGUUGAUGCCAUUUGAGGAAUUAUAUAAAGAUAGGCAGCCUGAGACAAGGGAAGGUAAUCCUAAUAAAGGUGAGCUGAAAUCAUAUGAAGAGAUUUUUAAAUUUCAGACACACCAUGAGGGAACUCCAAUUAAACGUAUCGUUAUAAGCGGAUCAGCAGGAAUUGGCAAGACAACCCUAAUUGACAAAAUUGCAUAUGAUUGGGCAAUGGGUAACAGUGAGACACUCAAUAAGUUUAAACUUGUUUUUGCUUUAAAAAUGGGUUCAUUGCAACAAAGUAGCAACUUAGAAGAUGCCAUCUUUGAGAAGCUUCUCGCAAAAGACACUGUAGAUGAAUCUGCUUUGAAAGAGUUUAUUGACAAGAACCAAGACAAAGUAUUGAUUCUCUUGGAUGGAUUUGAUGAAUGUAAAAUCACUACAACUGACACAUCCUCAUUUGGUUCGAUUCUCAAAGUUAUUAAUCGAAAGCUGGGCCCAGAAUAUUGGGUAGUUAUUACAUCCCGUCCUCCCCUUGACAAAUUAGUCAACUCAUCAUUGGUUAUGAAGCCCUUUACUCAUGUCAGAGUUGAGGGCUUUUCUAAAACAGAUAUAAAUGAAUAUGUGAACAAAUUCUUCCCUGAUGAUCAUGACAAGGCUAGCAAGCUUAUAGAGCAGAUAGAACUCUCAGAUACCUUGUCUGAUUUGGCAGAGAGUCCCAUGCUACUGCUGCUGAUGUGUUUGCUGAUGGGGAGCAAAGAGAAUACCCUCCCAGACACAAUGACCCGACUGUAUAACAAAGCACUGAAUUACAUAUUCAAAAGAAAAACAAGAGACAUCAAAGAUGCUGAAAUAUCACAGAUUUUAAUUUCUAUUGGCAAGGUUGCUCUAGGUAGUCUCUUUUCUAGAGAUCAGUCAUUUGCCUUUAGAGAAGGGGACUUUGAAAAGACUGCGUUAGAUGCAGCAAUGAAUGCAGGUGUCCUCACUAGUGAGAGGGUCAUCGAUGGGCUUGAUACCUAUCAAAGAGUGUCUUUUAUACACCACACGUUUCUGGAGUAUUGCGCAGCAAUGUACUGGCAAAGCUUGAUAAACACUGAGGAAUUUGACAGAAUCCUAGAUCAGACAGAAGUAGAGUCAACUAAGGGAGCCACAUUAGGAGUUCCUUAUUAUUCUCGACUAUUUCGCUAUGAGUAUCUGUUCAGAUUUUGUUGUGGAGACAAUGAGGCAUGUACAAAUCAGAUUUUAAAGAAGAUUCAUCAAGGCAGAGAUUCGCAACUUAUUGUUAUUUGUUAUUUUGAGAGUCAAUCAAAGGAACUUCCACAAGAAAAUGCUAUAAGUUCAAUUCUGACUGGUGAUAUUGACAUUUCAGAGUGGAAUAAUGAUAGUACAAACGCAUUAUUUCAUUUUCUGAAGCAAGUGGCAGCCCUCAGCAGAGGAAAUGAUUACUUCUCAAAGGUUAAGAGACUGGUUAUCAAGCAUUUUAACUUCCAGAGGUUUGGUACAGAUUUUGCAAAGUCGCUUAUGCUAAUGACUAAUUUACAAUCUCUUUCUCUGCAAAGCAGCUCAUUAACUGUUGAAAUACUAAUCAGAUCCUAUCAUCAUUGGCAAGUCCAUCAACAUUGACUGAGCUAAUCCUCUCAGGGAAUGAAGCCCUUGGUGGCUCUGUGUCAUCGUUGGCUCCUCAAUUGAUGAAACUGAAGCACCUCAAGGAGCUGCACGUGUUUAAUUGCUCACUGGAAGAUCAAGAUGUGUCGU